AUGAUGGAUACCCACCCAAAAGCUGGUAACAUGGACCCCGGAAGGGAGAUCCUUCAGGAAACCUCGAGGGAGAUCAUCUUCGCCGAAGAGAAGCAGCCAGGUGCCUUUGCAGACGACAAGAAGGAGGGCGUCUAUAUCGAUGAGAAGGGACUCGAUGGCUCAGUUCCAAUCAGCGACUCCGAUGGCACCAGUCUGUACGUGUACGAAAGAGACAACAUGGUGCGCGACGAGACAGGCAGAAUUGUUGCGGAGACUAGCGAACUAGCUAUUACCGCCCUCCACGUCGAUGAUGACACUUCACUGAGUCCAUGGACAUUUAGGACCUUCUUCCUUGGCGCUGGACUUGCUUGCUUUGGAUCCGUUCUUGCAACCAUCUAUAUUUUCAAACCGCAAAGUGUCUCUGUCUCUGUGAUCUUCCUAGCUCUCAUUAGUUAUGUCCUUGGAGAAGCCAUGGCUCUCUUCAUCCCACGAAAGGGCAUACUGAAGUGGCUGAACCCCUUUCCCUUCAACCAAAAGGAGCACGUCGCAAUUCUCAUCAUGAGCUCCUCUGCAGCGCAGAAGCUGUAUUACCCAAAUCAGCCUGGGAAAGUAGUAUCAAUCUUCCUGAUCUUCUCAUCUCAACUGCUCGGAUACGGCUUUGCAGGUCUCCUACGCAAGACUUUAGUCUACCCAAAGGCUAUGCUGUUUCCGGGAUCUCUGCCAAUCUCAACGCUUUUUCAGACACUACACAGAGACAAGAAGGAGACCCAACUGCGCUUGAGGUUCUUCUACAUGGUCGCAGCAGGCAUUUUCUGCUGGGAGUGGAUUCCCGAAUACAUCAUGCCAAUCUUGGUUGGCGUCAACAUUUUCUGCCUGGCCAAGCGCGACAGUCUCAAGUUUACCAACUUCUUCGGUGGAGCGGGUGGAAACGAAGGACUUGGUGUCUUUGGCCUCUGCUUGGAUUGGCAAUACAUUGGUUCUGGAUGUCUCUACAUGCCUCCCUUGACCCUUUUAACUGGGUUCACCGGCUACGUUCUAUGCAUCAUUCUAUUCAUGGGCAUCUACUACUCGAACAUUUUGCGUGCUCAGAGCAUGCCCUUCCUCUCACAACUUCUCUAUACAGACAGAUCAAACUUCUCUCAUUUUGAUCGAUACAAUCAGACGACAAUUCUCAACGACGCAUCGGAACUUGAUCCUUCCAUGCUUGCAGAUUAUGGUUUGCCGUGGUUUGCGGCAACCUAUGCAUCGUCACUGCUCACCAACAACUUGGGUACAACAGCAACAAUCACUUAUAUGUUCCUUUACCACAUCUCAGAUCUGGCUAUCAUCUGCAACGACUUCACCAAGAACGUUUUGCAGAAGGCCAUCAGGCCAUCAUUGUGGCACUGGAAGUUUUGGGAUGGAAAACAAGAGAAGCCCGACAAGAGCGACCCGGGCCUCGACCCUCACUACAAACUCAUGCUCGAGUAUGAUGAAGUCCCCGGUUGGUGGUACGCCACAAUCAUGGUUCUCUCCUUCACUGUCGGAAUGAUCUGCAUUUACGAAGCGAAGUCCACCCUUCCGUGGUAUGCAUACAUUGUCAGUAUCCUGCUGUCAUUCGUCUUCACUCUCUUCAUGGGCAUUCAAACUGCUAGAUUCGGAAUGUACGUCGGACAACAGAAUCUCAUCCAGAUGAUUGGGGCUUUCAUCAACCCGGGAAAACCGCUGGCAAAUAUGUAUUUCACCCUUUACGGCUCGAACUCCAUCACCCAAGCUUUGGGGCUCCUUUCGGACUUGAAGCUCGGGCAAUACAUGAAGCUCUCUCCCAAGGCGACAUUCACGAUGCAGAUCCUCGGCACGCUUAUUGGGGCCAUUCUCAACUUCGCGAUCAGGGAGACUGUCACUGACAACCGUCGUGAAAUCUUGCUUUCAAUUGAAGGCACCAACGUCUGGUCCGGUCAAGUUAUUCAGUCAUACAAUUCACAGGCUAUUGCAUGGGGAGCUCUCGCAAAGGAACUAUUCGUCGUCGGCGGUCGAUACCAGUGGGUGCUGAUGGCCUUCCUCAUCGGUUUCCUGGUUCCUCUCCCGCAAUACUUCCUCUACAAAUUCCUCCCCAGCAACAAGAUCUCCAAAGCACUCUUUGCCAUCAAUGCUCCCAUCCUCUGCUGGUAUCUGGGAUACCUAUGCGUGGGCAUCAACUCUUCGGUCAUGAUUUACUUUGGCAUUGCGCUGGUUACCCAGUACUAUGUCCGCAGGUAUUACCCUGACUGGUAUAUGAAGUAUAACUACAUCUUGUCGGCGGGUCUCGAUAGGGGAACGCAAGUUUGCGUCUUUAUUCUGAGUUGGGCUGUUUUUGGAAGCGCUGGUGUGGAGCAUCCUUUCCCCAGUUAUUGGGGAAAAUAUGCAGUGGUGGGGAGUGUUUAG